AAUAAUUUUAUUAAAGUCACUUCUCAAAUAUAUUCACAAACUCCUGGUAUAGUGAUGAAUAUAUUAGCAGGUUUUUUAUUUCUACUGAUUAAUAUAUUGGAAAUAAAUGUUGACGGUGUGAAAUUUAAAAGUAGAAAUCCUGAAGAAAGGGGAUCUUACUUUGAAGGUGAUAUUAUAAUAAACCCCAGUUUAUUUAAAUCUGUAGUAAGAGAUAAAGCGUUCCUUUGGUAUAAGGGAAUUGUUCGAUACAAAAUUUCAUCGGACUAUAAUGAAACACUUCGUAACAUGAUUAUUGAAUCUAUGGCGUAUAUUGAAGAGUCCAGUGAAACAUGUGUUAGAUUUAGAGAAAAAAUGACUAACACGAAACAUUUAAGUUAUGUAUAUUUUCAGUCUGAAAAUGGCAAGGGAUGCGCCAGUCAUAUAGGAAACUUGAGAAAUGGAAUGCAACCUAUAUAUUUAGAGAAGGAUGAAUGUUUUUCAAAUAAAGGAAGCAUAAUUCAUGAAAUAUUGCAUACUUUAGGUUUCUUUCAUGAACAUGUUAGACCUGAUAGAGAUGAAUAUGUACAAGUUUUAUUAAAAAAUGUUUAUCCUAAUGCCAAAACUAAUUUUUAUAAGCAAAAGGAAGAAGAUAUUAUAUACAAAAAUUUUGAAUAUGACUAUUCUAGUAUCAUGCAUUAUUCGUCUCAAACUUUUUCAAAGGGUGGUCAUUUACAAACAAUAGUUCCACUAAAGUCCACAGUAUUAAUAGGUCAAAGACAAGGACUUAGUAAAAAUGAUAUAGAAAGAAUAAAGUUCCUCUAUAGUUGUAAAUCUGAAUAUAGUAACGAUACAAUAAGUGAAUCAGAGAAAACAGAACCGCCCGAAACAAUUCAGUACAUAUACUGUAAAAUUCCGAUAAUCAUUUCUACAAAUCCAGAAGAUAAAAUAACAUCCCUGGAAAAAUUUAUGCAUAAAUUUCAUUGUGAUGAGAAUAAUUUGUAUGCUACAACAGAAAAGCAAUUAGUGGUGAUUUUCUUUUUUAGCAGGGGAAAAAAAAUGGUCAAACCAAUAAAUCGGGGAAAAAUUAAGAAUCUAAUUAUCCUUCUGUUAUUAUUUGUUACUCCACUAAAAGUAUUUACUUUACAAACUUAUAUUCUCAAUUAUCCAUGCAAUGUUGCUUCUUAUAUAAUGAAUUCAAAAAGUAAAAUAUAUCCAGAACAAAAUAGUCCUAAUCCGGAUGAAUUAGGUUCUCAUAUUGAAGGCGAUAUUGUUCUACCACCGAAAAUGCAUAUACAAGAUUUUGACGAUCGUGAAGUAACUCCAAUGUUAUGGAAUGAUAAAAAAAUUCCCUACACAAUAAGUGCCGAUUUCUAUGAGAAUCCAACGGCAUUGGACACAAUUUAUGAGGCGAUGAAAGACUUUCAUGACAAGACGUGCAUUCAAUUUGUUCCUCGCACUGUGGAAUCGGACUAUAUUGAAAUUAAAGCUGACUCAAAGGGAUGUUGGAGUUACGUUGGUAAACAAGGUGGACCACAAACGGUUAAUCUUCAAAUACCCAUGUGUUUGAGAAAGAAGGGAACGGUUAUACAUGAAUUUAUGCACACUAUUGGCUUUUUUCAUGAGCAUCGUAGAUAUGAAAGAGAUUUGUACAUUGACGUUCACUGGGAUAAUAUUAAAGAUGAGGCACAAGUUCACUUUCGAAAAUCCGUUUAUCCAAACGAUGAACUGGGAAUUGCUUAUGACUUUGGAAGUGUUAUGCAUUACUCCAAGUUUGCUUUCUCGAAAAAUGGCGAACCUACUAUUCUUCCAAGGAUGCAGACGGAUAAAACUUUGGGUCAACGUUAUGGAUUUAGCGAAAGUGAUAUUCAAAAAGUUAAUGUUAUGUAUUCCUGUCCACCGAAAAUAGCAAAUAAUACAACAUGGUGGGGCAACAUUCUCUAUUUAAAUCACUAGUUUCGAAUUAUCAUUCAAUUUUUUAAAAAUAGUAAUAAUUAAAUAAUUUUCCUUUUUUUAAAGAAAAUUGUUAAAUAUCAAAAUUAAAAAAUCUAGACCAAAGAGGCAAUUCAUUUUUCGAGAGUUAAAUUAUUUCUUUCGAAAUUUUAAUGAAUGAACUAGGAUUUAAUUUUAAAAAAUUGUUUAAUUA